AUGGCUGACUUGCGGGAUCUCCUCAAUCCUGUAGACGACGACGAGCACCAUGUGUCUCAAUUUUUCAGCAACUGGCUGGGAGUAGACCAGGACGAAGACCAUUACAUAGGCGAUGCGCCUAGUGUUCAGGCAUUCGGCAUCAAUGGGUUGGCUGAUGGGACGUCACAAGCCUAUUGGUGCGCUCCAAAUGGAGACAUCACUGAGGCUGGCGACUACCUCCAGUUCAGUCUUGCAAACACUGUAGUUGAUCCUCCAUUUCCUCAAAAUGGUGCCCUUGUACACUACCAUACUCAAAAUAACGACUUGGACGUUGAUACACAACUUGGAAUAGUGAAUUUUGACAUCGAGUUGGAUAUGAACGGUAUUCAAAUGGAGCCUCAGCCCGAUGAAGAAGAAAACGCCCCCUCGGAUACGUCUGCUACAGUCGAAAGCUUCCAAUUCCUUCAAUUGCCCAUCGAAAGCUCUCGGGAAGGGUCAGCUAUGACACAAGAACUUUCUGUACCAAGUCGGUCAAAUGAGACACCUAUAACAUUACCGGGAGACGACGACAUCGUCGUUCACUAUGGCAUGCUCCACAAUAUGGAAGUGAAACUAGUACCUGAUGACAUGUUGUUCAUAGAUGAACGACUGGCAACAGAAGGCUCAGCUUAUCAAUACUUCACACCAACGGAGUACCAGAGCCAACUGAUGCUUUGUUUUCCUGAUGAAGAUAAGCACUUCGGCCAUCUGCCUUCAGCGGCAGGUCAGACUCUCUUGUUCCUGAUGACCCAGCCAUCAGUCGAUAUUCAACCAUUGGCUCUGAAAUGUGACCUGAGAGAAGUCAUAAGUCGCGUAAACAAACCCGCGGACGCUAGGGUCAAAGUCGAUAUUAAUAUCUAUGGUCUACGAUCUAAAGCUUUGGAUAUUGGCAAAAGACUCUCGAAUGCAAAGCUGUGGCUUCAGAGAUCUAGCCACGGAAGACAUGGUAUAACUUAUGAGAAUCCUCACUUCCUAAGCAUUAGCAUCCAAGAUACUGUAGCCGAUGAAGUUCAGGAUACGAAACAUGCUGCUACUGAUGGCGUCCAGAAAAGAAUGAGCAAGGAAGAUCAACUUCGGAAGAUGGUAGAUGAAGUUUACAAAACAGUCGAGAACAACCGCGAAAUUGAGAUGGUUGAAGGUGGAGAGAGAGUCACCCGUCAGCUUUUAAGGCAUCAGAAGGAAGCACUAGGUUUCAUGCUCGAGAGGGAGUCUGGGCAUAUCAACGAAAGGUACAGACUUUGGGAAGAGAUCGAACAUGAGAACGGAAGGUUUCAAUAUCGACACAGAAUUACCAAGAGACGCAAAGAUAUACGGCCCGAUGAGAGGGGUGGCGGCAUUCUUGCUGAUGACAUGGGAAUGGGAAAGUCGCUUUCUAUCUUAGCUUUAAUCAUGAAGACUCUGGACAAAGGCAAAGAGUGGGCGGAGGGCAAAAAUGCAGAGCACAAGAGCAAGAGGUCUCUCAGGUUGUCUCGCUCUACUCUCAUCGUGGUCUCAGCAGCUUUACUGGUCGUUGAAUGGGAGAAUGAGGUUAGAAAGCACCUGCAGAAAGGCCUCAAAGUAGUCAAGUACCAUGGUGAGAACAGGCCGAAGACUCUAGAGGAGCUUUCCGUCAUUGAAGACUCCGAUAUUGUAGUGACAACAUACCACACGCUUACUGCUGAGUACCUGAUAGGUAAAGGGAAGACAUCGCCGUUGUACAAGUUGGGUUGGUAUCGGAUAGUCCUUGACGAAGCCCAUAUUAUCCGUCGUCCAUCCACAAAGUUCUUCCAGGCAUGCGAAUAUCUCCAUGCCAACUCUCGAUGGUGUCUUUCUGGAACACCCAUCCAAAACAAGCUUGCUGACAUAGGCUCGCUGUUCCGCUUCAUUCGCUCCGAACCAUUCGAUAAGGCAUCAGAGUUUAGGAAGUGGAUAGAAACGCCAUUCGACAACUCGUUCGAUGAGUCUGAGCUCGUAAAGAAUCGCCUAGUUAUGCUCCUCGAAGCAUUGUGUUUACGUCGAACGAGAGAGGUCUUGCACUUGCCCAGAACGCGGCAGUUUGUUCGACAUCUAGAGUUCAGUCCGCAAGAGAGGGACCAGUACGACAAAACGAAAGCUGUCAUUCUACGCAACAUGGAGCAUCGCCUUGGCGAGGUCAAGAAGAGCUCCCAGUUCGGCAUGUUCCAAAUGUGGCUUCAGCUUCGAAUAGUCUGUAACCACGGAACAUAUCAGAAGCUCUUCUCAUGGCAUCGGAGAAGCCUCAUGGAAGAACGAGAGGCAAUAGUUGGAACAGCCGGCCAGUUCGGCGAAAUCACCUGCGUGGGAUGUGAGCAGCCGAUGCCCGUGCUGGGAUGCGACUUGACGAAAGGAAUGUUUGACGACGAAUGCUCACAUGUUCUAUGUUCGAAGUGCAUUGAAGAGUCGAGCAUGUCCCUGCCCGAAAAUCGAAAUCGGUGUCCGAUCUGCGUUAGAUGGUACAAAGAACCUUCGGUUUCUAUAGGUGAAGGAACUUUGGGACACAGCGACAGACCACGAAAGCGACGAAAGAAAGCAGCAGCAGAGGAUAAUCACGAAAACUACUUCAAUGAGCAAGGUCUUUCAACAAAAAUACAAACUCUGGUUGAGGAUGUGCAGAAAGAUCUCUGGACCACAAAAAGUAUUAUAUUCUCCUGCUGGACGCGGACGCUGUAUUUGAUAUCCAGGCACCUGGAGCUGGCUGAGAUUCCAUACCUUCAACUCGACGGCAACAGCCCACUGCCUCAACGGCAGGCCACGUUACUCAAGUUUGAGAACGAGGAUGAAACUCCUGUUCUUAUCAUGACAACAGGGACUGGAGCAUUUGGACUGAAUUUGACUUGCGCAAACCGAAUCUUUAUCGCAGAACUACAAUGGAAUCCCAGCGUCGAGAGCCAAGCGAUUUCGAGAGCCAUUCGCCUCGGGCAACAGAGCGAAGUUCGAGUUACAAGAUAUAUCAUUAGCAACACUGUGGAAGAGGACAUACGGAAACAGCAGGAGUACAAGAAGCAUAUUGCAGCAUUGGGUUUUGAAGAAGUAAUCGAUUAG